ACUGCCCUCGCCCACGACUGAUCCGUCGGCGAGCGGAACUUCAAUCCAGGGCAGCCCCACCACAUCAGGCGGACGAAUUCCCCGUGCUCUCCUCUCGACUGUACGUAUGUACAAUACAAUGUCAGGAGGUAAUCCCCGACCCCGUCCUUCACACCACUGACGGCCUCUAUCACACUCAGUUGAAUGCGCUCCCGAUAACAAUAGCCUGCCAUGGGUUUCAUAGCCUCCAAAAUCCUCAUACAGGCUCAUGCCUUUUUGCUAGCCAUUCUAGCCAUCCAUUUAAUGAGGUCACCAGCAGUCAUCACCGACUCCGACGUCGUCUUCAUGCUAGGGGAGCUCCUGCAACUGGAUGCAUCUCCAUCGUUCUCCCGUCCUCAAUCCUCCUUUGCCCUGUGCGGAAUCCUUCUAAUCGUCGACGCCCUGGUCGACUACAUCCUUGUGUCCAAAAUUCCGCAGACUAAUGAAGUCCUCGCAAUGGCUGAGGCUGCACGGUCGCAUGCUCCGGGCUACGUGGCAGGGGCCAUGCGCGCGAAUCCCUUCAUGGCUCGGCUCGGCUCGCUCUACUCAGAAGUCUGGACGUUCCUUUCCGCCACACGCUUCUGUGUCUUCUUCGCCGUCUCAUUUUUCAUCUACCAAAGUCAGCCAUCUGCGAUAGGUAUCAUGGAGAGCCCAGGGGGUGCGUCUGCAUUGACACAACUUAAGAACCCGGCAAUUUUCACAUUCGGGUUUAUGGAGAUGAUGUUCUGGCUCUGGAUAUUCGUUACUAUCCGGGAGGAGAAACAAGCAGUGGCUUCGCGGUUUGUAGAGCGUGAUCAAUAGCUUUUCUAUCUAUUGCACCUGCAAGGCAUUGCUAGGAAUGCAAGUGCCUCGUGGCGGACAAAAAAAGGCUCGAGUUCGCGGCCCAUAUAUCACAGUUAUUGAUGGCCUCCUUCGUGCUACGCCAAACAGAUUCCUUUCU